CGAGCUGCUUCCUCCUGCGCGGAGGCAGGCAGUCUAGUGCAGCCGGGGCAGACUCGGGUGGGCCGAGGCUGAGAGCACCUUAGGGGCCAUGGAGCUGCGCGGGCUGCUGGCAGCUCUAGCGGCGCUGGCGGUGCUGUCCGAGCAGGUCCCCAGCGCCUUCGCCGCGCAGGGUCCGGCUCUGUGGCCCAUGCCGCUCUCGGUGCAGAUGACCUCGAGCCUGCUGUACCUCUCCCCCGAGAACUUCCACAUCACCCACGACCCCUCUUCCAAGGCCGGCCCUUCCUGCGCCCUCCUUCAGGAAGCGUUUAGGCGAUAUUAUGACUAUAUUUUUGGUUUCCGGAAGUGGCGUCAUCACCCCAUUAAAUCUCAUGGUAAAACAGACUUGCAGCAACUUCUCGUCUCGGUUGUCCUUGACUCAGAGUGUGAAAUGUUCCCCAAUAUCUCUUCAGAUGAGUCCUAUACUUUACUUGUGAAAGGACCAGUGGCUUUCCUCAAGGCCAACAGAGUCUGGGGAGUAUUACGAGGUUUAGAGACCUUCAGCCAGCUAAUUUACCAUGACCCUUAUGGGGCUUUCAUCAUCAAUGAAUCCACCAUUAGUGAUUCUCCAAGGUUUCCUCAUAGAGGAAUUUUAAUUGAUACAGCCAGACACUAUCUGCCAGUUAAGGCUAUUCUUAAAACUCUGGACGCCAUGGCUUUUAAUAAGUUUAAUGUUCUCCACUGGCACAUAGUUGAUGACCAGUCUUUCCCUUAUCAGAGCAUCACUUUCCCAGAAUUAAGCAAUAAAGGAAGCUAUUCUUGGUCUCAUGUUUAUACACCAAAUGAAGUCCGUAUGGUGAUUGAAUAUGCCCGAUUAUGGGGCAUCCGAGUCAUACCAGAAUUUGAUACCCCUGGACAUACGCAGUCUUGGGGAAAAGGUCAGAAGGAUCUCCUAACUCCAUGUUACAGUCCACAUCACCCUGCGGCUUUUGGACCUAUAAACCCUAUUUUGAAUACAACUUACAGCUUCCUGUCUAAAUUUUUCAAAGAAAUUAGUUCAGUAUUUCCAGAUUGGUUCAUUCAUUUGGGAGGAGAUGAAGUGGAAUUUGCUUGUUGGGAGUCCAAUCCAGAUAUCCAGAAUUUCAUGAAGCAGGCAGGCUAUGGCAAAGAUUUUAGAAAACUACAAUCUUUCUAUAUUCAAAAGCUUUUGGAUAUUAUUUCAACUCUAAAGAAAGGAUCCAUAGUCUGGCAAGAGGUUUUUGAUGAACAAGCAAAGCUUCAGCAAGGCACUGUCGUCCAAGUAUGGAAACAGGAAAGGUAUACUAAUGAACUAAAUGCAGUCACAGCAUCUGGCUUCCCUGUGAUCCUCUCUGCUCCGUGGUACUUAGACUGGAUAAGUUAUGGACAGGAUUGGAUAAAAUACUAUGAAGCAGAACCUCUUGAUUUUCCUGGUUCUCAGGAACAGAAACAACUGGUUCUUGGUGGAGAAGCUUGUCUAUGGGGAGAAUAUGUGGAUGCCACUAACCUCACUCCGAGAUUAUGGCCUCGGGCAAGUGCUGUUGGUGAGAGACUCUGGAGUCAGAAAGAGAUCAGAAAUAUAGAUGAUGCCUACAAAAGACUAACAGUUCACCGUUGCAGAAUGGUCAGACGUGGAAUAGCUGCAGAGCCUCUUUUUACUGGCUAUUGUGAAAUGUGAGCUGAAACUAGAAGGGAAAAGCCCACAGCAAUAUACUGCCAUCGACUUGGUUUUGAAAUCAUGUAAAUUAAGAUUUGGU